AUGCCCCUUAAUGAACGUGAAUCGAGAACUGGAGCAGAAGCGGGUGCCGGAAUAGAAGCGCAGCCUCAUAUAGUGACUCCAAUGGCUGCAUUCCACUUUGAUGCGUUCGAUGGGAAAAAGACAACGUGGAGUCGUUGGGUAAAACGAUUCGAGACGGCGUUAUUGAUUUUCAAUGCAGACUCAACUAAGAAGCGCCAGAUAUUGUUACACUACAUGGGAACGGCGACCUAUGAUUUUCUCUGCGACAAUGUUCUACCCAUAGUUCCGGAGGACAUGUCAUAUGAAAACAUUGUCCAGAUUUCUGAGGAGGCACUACAUGAUUGUGCAGUGGAGGAGUUAUUCCAGAUCGAGGACGCAUCGUGUUCGAUAGCAGCAGCUACCGGAGGCGCAAAGAAUCGCGCCAAGCCAACUUGCAAGCUGCCGGUAAACAAUGCAUUGAUAGAGUUCGAAAUAGAAACUGGAGCGCCUGUCACGAUUAUAAGCUUAGCUUACGCAAAGAAGCAUUUUGCGAAAUUGCUCGUCAUUCCGACUGACGUACAGCUGGUCAGUUACUGCAACACACCGCUAGAGUGUCUAGGUUAUAUUUGGGUAACAGCGAUGGCAGACCCGUCAGCUAAGGCCCAACUUAGGGAGGAUGGCAAUGUUAAAGCCAUAGGUACGACAACUUCAGACGAAUAUUUGGAGAAAAUCUUAAAGAACUACCCGAAUUUGUUUUCACCCACUGUUGGAAAAAUAACGGGCUACCAAGCGAGAUUAUACCUAAAGGAGAAUGCAGUGCCGAAAUUUUUGAAAGCAAGGCGAGUCGCGUUCCCACUUUGGAAAGCAGUUGAGCGCGAACUGCAAAGACAGGUUGAAGAGGGGCUGUUAGUGAGAGUCGACAGGUUGAAGUGGGCAACACCGAUAGUGGUUGUGCCAAAGAGCGGCGGUGCCGUGCGGAUAUGUAGUGACUAUAAAGUCACACUAAAUCCAGAGUUAGUGGUCGAUGAGCAUCCGCUGCCGACCAUCGACGAACUUUUAAGCACGAUGGCAGGAGGCGUUCAGUUCACUAAAAUUGACCUCUCUAAAGCGUACCUACAGUUGGAAGUACACCCGGAUAAAAGGCAUUUGCUCACAAUCAACACGCAUAAAGGGCCCUAUCAGCCAACACGCAUGAUGUUUGGCAUAGCAUGCGCACCUGCAAAAUGA